GGAAGUCAUAACCGCGGACUUUUAUUUUGACGGUUUCGUGAACGCGCAUGGUGCGUGAGGUUUUCCGCGAAGAUGGAGGCGAUUGUGUCAGAUCUUGUAGCACCAGAAGAUCUAAAGAGGUUUGAGAAGAAGUACAACACUGAGCUGGUGAAAGGACCCGUUUCCACAGAAACGACUUUUGAAUACGCCUGGUGUUUGAUCAGAAGCAAGUACUCGAAUGACAUUGUAAAAGGCAUUCAUUUAUUAGAAGAACUGGUUCAUAAAAGCAAAAAAGAUGAUCAGAGAGAUUUUCUCUUCUACCUUGCCGUUGCGAACUACAGACUUAAGGAGUACGAGAGAGCACUCAAGUACAUUCGUACUCUGCUGAAGAAUGAACCAGAUAAUAAACAGGCCCUGGAACUGGAGAAACUCAUCAACAAUGCACUAAAAAAAGAUGGCUUAGUUGGCAUGGCGAUCGUUGGCGGUAUCGGUUUAGGUGUGGCCGGAUUGGCUGGUCUUAUUGGUUUGGCCGUGGCCAAAGGUGCAAAGUCCUAAUAUGGAGUUCCCGAUGAGCGUACUUUGAUUCCGUUCCUCUUCAGAAGAGAGACUUAAUGAUUUCUUCUAAUAACAUAAAACCAUAAGGAGGCCUGUCUCUUUUUUUAUUUUUGAUGUUUCUGCCAUGAUUUUCAUAACGAGCUAUGAUAUUUUACCACAUUUCUUUUAGCUUUAUGAUUCUCCAGCUCUUUCUGGUAUGUAUAGAGAUGUGUGGCUGGAAUAAAGUGAAACAUUUUAUGUUUUUCCUCUGAAACUUGUAAUUUUUCAAAGGAAAUUUAACUACAGGGGUUUGCCAAAUAUUAGCAGUACAGAAUAAGACUUAUUGUAUUCGUAUGCACUUUUGAGGUUUUUCUUUUUUCUUUUCUUUUUUUUUUUUUAAUGAAAUAUAUCGAUGUACUUACGCUAGGUAAUCAAUAUUACAUUUUUGAUAAACUACGUUAAACCUCACGUCUAUUAAUAAAUUAAAAUGUGUGCUUACCGAACUUGUACGGCGUGUUGAUUUGGAUGUGUUAUGCAUGAAAAGCCUUGUAAUGCAUUUCUAAGAAGGCAUCAUUGUCAGCACUGUGUUUAUUACCCGUCGGUUAACCUGUGCUGUCAAGUGUUUCAUCUUCCCUUCCUCGAGUGCUUUGUGACUUUUUGUAGCCUAUGCUAAUGUUAUACUAAAAAAUCUGCAAAGAAAAA